AUGAAUGAUAUACCAGAAGCAACAUUCAAAACAAUGAUACACAUUUCAAUGGGAGUAGAAACGAAUAUGUCUAAUUCACAAUUACUAUUUUCAUAUUUUGUAGAAAAUGAAAGACUUGCUGAAUUGAUUGAGUAUAUUGUCAAAAGAGAAGUUAUUUCUAACAUUGAAGAAGUAUUGUUAAUAUUUGAUUCUAAUUCUUGUUUUGAUAUUAUGAUGCAAAUGUUUGCAAUGAAAGAAAUGGAUACAUUUUUUGAAAAUGUUGUACUUUCUAUUACACAAAAAGUACAUAAGUCAAAGUAUAAAUUUAGUGUUUGUUAUUAUUAA